AUGAUUUACAUAUUAAAAGUUAUGUAUAUUGGUGUUAUUUUAUUAGUUUUCAUAUCGAGUACGUGCUCUCAAAUAUGUACCAAGCGAGAAAACACGGUCAAAUGGAACACAGUAACGUAUUUUCGCACUUACCGAGAAACAUAUAAGGGUAACUGCUUUUUCCGGUGUACGAAAACGAGAUUGAGAUCUUUUAUCGACCAACGGUCAAUACCUACUAUUGUUAGGGAAGAUAGACAAGUGUGCUGUCCUGGAUAUAUGGUGGAUGAAACCGCUUCAAGCUUAAGAUGUAUCCCACUUUGUAUACCCUCGUGCAAUAACGGAUAUUGUGUAAGUCCCGGUAACUGUUCAUGUAAGGAAGGGUACGAGCUCCAAUCGAAUCGUUGUAUACCAACGUGUACUAGUGCAUGUUCCCACGGUACCUGCGUACGACCAAAUGAAUGUGAAUGUGACUUUGGUUACAGUCUAGUCAAUAACACGUGUGAAGCAAUUUGCUCGGAACCCUGUGUUAAUGGGACGUGUGUUGCCCCGGACACAUGUGAAUGUUUUGUGGGAUACAGAAAAAAUGAUGAUAAUUUAUGUUUGCCAUAUUGCUCCACUGGAUGUCCAAAUGGAGUAUGUGUUAGUCCUGAAACCUGUUCGUGUAACGAUGGCUGGUAUAAAAAUGAAACAGAUGGACAAAAUUGUGAACCUCGAUGUGAUAUUGAUUGUGGUGGAGGAAGAUGCGUUUCUCCCAACGUUUGUGAAUGCUAUCCAGGAUAUCAAAAAUCUGAAAUUGGUACAUGUUUACCAAAUUGCUCUAAUUGUUUGCAUGGAACUUGUAUAGGACCAGAAAAUUGUACUUGUGAUGAAGGAUGGUAUAAAAAUGAGACAAGUUGUAUGCCUGUGUGUGAUUUUGACUGUGGUGGAGGGGAAUGCACAGAGCCAAAUAUCUGUAAAUGUUUUCCUGGUUAUGUAAACAAUGAGAACGGGACUUGUGUACCACAUUGUUCUGACUGUUCCAAUGGACUAUGUGUCAGCCCAGAAGUGUGCCAAUGUAAUGAAGGGUUUUUCAAUAAUGGAUCAAAUUGUCAACCUUAUUGUAAAAUCAAUUGUGGUAAUGGAACUUGUGUCGCUUCUGAUACUUGUGAAUGUUACCCUGGCUAUCAAAUAAAUAGUGAAGGCGAUAAACCACUUUGCACACCAGAAUGUGAGAAUUGUACAGGGUAUUGUAUAGCACCUUAUGAAUGUACAACACCCGAUGUUAUUAUGACUACAAUAAGUUGUGACUGUAAUGAAAGCUUCUUCGAUGAUGAUUGUGAUCGUGCUUGUAAUAGCGCAACAGAUAGUUCAGAAACAACAACAGAGUUAAGUACUAGUGCUGAAAUAUUAGAACAAAGUACGUUUGACGAUUAUGAUGGAACUAUUGUUGAUAGUCACAUGAGUGAUGCUUUAUUCAAAAACAAUAAUGUUUGGAUAUCCUAUUUACCUCAUAUUUCAGCAACAAUUGGAACGUUAUUAUUGAUGGUAUUACUAUCAAUUUUGUUCAUUAAAAGAAAAGAAGUUGCACGAAUUUGUCAUGGAGGUAGCUACAGUGUUAAAGAGGAAAAAGAAACUGAAACUUGUAAUUCGGUACAGUUGGACGUUAGUUAUUCAAGCAUAAUGAAACAGCAAAGAGAA